AGGUUGCAAAGAGUUGGACAUGACUGAGUAAGACACACACACAUAGUAUUUUAUUAGCACUUUUAGCGUGAUUAAAGGCAAAAACAUUACACUUUCCAUGGCAAAACCUGAGUCAUUUAAAACUGAUUCAACAUAACCAGAAUUAAGAUUUGAAAUGUAGAGAAUUUAGAAAUUCAGGGUUUCCUAUGAUGUUUUCUUGGACCACCUUGCAGUAGGAAUAUAAUUGAUUGCUUUUCAUCCAGUUUGUGUUUGUGCAUCCUCAGUCUUCAUUUAAACUCUAAAUUAUGUGGCACCUAUACAAGCAAAAAUAGGAGUACUCAAAGAUAAAUCGUUUGCUAAUUUUUAUCCUAAGUCUGGUUAAGAAGGUACUCAUGGAGUAUUAGUUCCCAUUCAGUCCAUUUGUUACUCUGGAUUGUAUCUAAGUUGUAUCAUUUCAUCAAGCUAGAGUAUCAGAAACUUGCAUUCAUUUUUUGAGGUUUGCAGGCAGGCCAGUCAUGUGCUAGUGUUUAGAUGUUGGUGGGGCAGUGGUCUCUGGUCUUACUGUUUUACUGCAACUAUAAGGUUAUGUUUACAGUGGAGGGGAAGUUGAUAAAACUCAUGUUUACACAGUGCAGGACACUAAGUGCCACCCUAGGUGGUGUUGCAGAAGUGCUGUGGACUCAGGUAGGUAGACACUGGGGGGGUUCAGGAGAAGCUUUCCAGGAGAGGUCAAGUGGACUGUAAGAAGACUUAGAAAUGUUAAUUUAGUCAAGAGAUGGGUGAAAUGGCAUUUAGCCAGAGGGAUUAGUGUGUGUAGUGACCCAGAUAGGGAGAAUGGCAGAGCCAGAAGGGGAGGUAGGGAAAAGAUUUGACUGCAGAUAUAGGUAGAGACCCACUGGAUUUAAGGGCCAUUUUAAAUUUGAACAAUUCUGUGAAGACUUUGGAGAUAAUAUCUUGGAAAGAUUUAGACCAUUAUUGUCCAGGAACCCAUAACAUAAUUACUGUGAGUCGCUUUCCCUGGAUUAUGUUAGAGGAGUUAGACACAUGACUUUCCCUGAAGGAUUGGCUAAAAAAUGAGAUGAUGAAACCUUGCAUCUGCUAAGCAAGUUGUAGAGUAUAUUUUGUGUUACAGCUCUUGAGUUCUCUAUAAUACUGUAUAUAAGAAUUUUCUUUUAAAGCUUAGUGUUAGAAAUAAGAUUAUCUCAUUAAAAAAAAAAAAAAGGAAAGGUUGUCUCCAAGGAACUGGAUACUGAGAAUUUCAUUGUAUAAUAUACUGUGUCCCCCCAUCUUUAUGACUUUAGAAGUUAAACUUGAGUUUACUUACUAUUUUUGUUAUUUAAUAUUUGCUUAGAUAUUUUCCUAAGAUUAGUUUUUGUUGUGUACAUUUCCUAUGAAUCACUUGGUGUGUCUUCCAGAAUUUUUUAUUUUGUAUAGAGUGAAUUUCAUUUAGAUUAUAUUCAACUAUUUCUACCACAAGCACUUUUUCUGGUAUGUACCUUGAAACUGGUAGUCCUUGAAACUAACAUACAUUUGGUUUCUCUUUUCAGAAACUGCAGUGUAGGUGCUUUUGAGUUUUUGUUGUUUUCUAAGUAAGAGCCUAGGGUUUUGUUUUGUUUUACUUCUGUAUCUUUAGGAAAUUGAUAUGGUCAUCUCAAUUUAAAGUGAUUGGGAAGCAGAUCAUGAGUUCAAGGCUUGUUCUUGAAUAUUUGAGGAACCUGUUUAAAAAAUCACAAUUCAUACUCAUCACCUAAAAGAUUUCCUUAUAUUUAACUCAAAAAUUUGCACUGCUCAUAUUUUUCUUACAGUGUUCAUGAUAGUCACAAUAAACUAAACAGUUAAAAAACUUAACUGUCACAGGUUAUGACUUUUCAUAGAGAAAAGUUAAGAAAAUUGAAAUAGAUAGCUCAUUCAUUUUUCUUUUUUUUGAACUAGACUAGAAUGACUGCUUCUCAAAAUAUCAUCUUUUGUGUUAACAUGUUUAUAGAAAGUUAGUCAUACUAGGUUUAAAGUGAAGUAGAUUGAUUUAUUUAUGCAUGUGUACAUGCCACACUUCAGGGCUUGUGGAAUCUUAGUUCCCCAACUAGCAAUGAAACGUAGGCCCUCAGCAGAUGAAGUGCGGAGUUCUAACCACUGGACUGCUAGGGGAUUCCCAGUUAAGCAGUUUUAAUUGUGGGACAUCUCAGAGCCUUUACUAUGCUAAUAUCACAAAGAAUGGAUUCCAGAAUGACCUUGUGCUAAGCUUGCAAAAGAGCAAAUGGGUGCUGGGGAGCAGUGUUUUCUAAGUGUUUUGGACAAGGAACCUCUUAUUUUAAAGAAUGCUGUGCGUUGGUGAUUAAGAAAUACACUUUGGAAAAUUUUUGUCUGAAGAAGAAAAUCUUCUAAAAGUUGCACUAAAAUCUGUUGCUUAAAAUGGUUUUUGCUUUUUCCAGUUGUCUGAUAUCACGAAUUCAAAUGAUUUCCUUUAAUUCUCUGUUAAAACCUAAUUAAGAUUUUUUUAGUUAUUUCCCCUUGGUGCUAUGUUGCCUCUAAUUGAUAAUGUGUAACAAUUGAAAAUUUCUAGAUCACCAUUGGAGACAGAUCUUCAUUUGUUGGGCAUUCAGCCUAGUACUAAAAUAAAUUGAAAGUAGCACAAGAUUGCUUGUACUCUGUUUUGUGAUAAAGUUUCUAAACUGUAAUAGAUUUAAACUGUAUUAACAUAGAACCUUUUUUAAAAAAACAAUUUAUUUCGCUUACAAACCUUAGAACACAGAAAUACAAAAGCAUGAAGCCAGCAGUACCCAGUCUCUAACCAAACUUGGGUGUUUAUUUUUUCAUACUCCACACGAACAUAUACUUUGCCCCUCUUUUAUUAAACAAAACAUGGAUCAGUUUACAUACCUCAGGCAACCUGGUGUUUUUAUUUAAUAUCAUGGAUAUUUUAUUGUAUUAGUACAUGUAAGUUUAAUUUUAAUAACCUGUAAUACUACAUGACUUUUUAUUUUUGCUAAUCCAUUUUUUUUUUGUUUGUUUGUUUAGGUUCUUUUUUGAACUACUGCAAGCAAAUGUUGCAGUAAAUACCAUUAUUCAGUUCAUCCUUUUAUGUUGUUUGUGUUUGAUCUGUGGAUGAAAUGAAUCAUGAUUUUCAAGCUCUUGCAUUAGAAUCUCGGGGAAUGGGAGAGCUUUUGCCUACCAAAAAAUUUUGGGAACCUGAUGAUUCAACAAAAGAUGGACAAAAAGGCAUAUUUCUUGGGGAUGAUGAAUGGAGAGAGACUGCAUGGGGAACUUCUCACCAUUCAAUGUCCCAGCCCAUUAUGGUACAGAGAAGAUCUGGACAGGGUUUUCAUGGAAACAGUGAAGUAAAUGCAAUAUUGUCUCCUCGAUCAGAAAGUGGAGGCCUUGGUGUGAGCAUGGUAGAAUAUGUAUUAAGUUCUUCUCCUGCUGAUAAAUUGGAUUCUCGAUUUAGGAAGGGAACUUUUGGCACUAGAGAUGCUGAAACAGAUGGACCUGAGAAAGGAGAUCAAAAAGGCAAGGCUUCUCCAUUUGAGGAGGACCAAAACAGAGAUCUUAAGCAAGGAGAUGAUGAUGAUUCUAAAAUAAAUGGCAGAGGUUUGCCAAAUGGAAUGGAUGCCGAUUGCAAAGAUUUUAAUCGUACUCCUGGAAGUCGUCAAGCCUCUCCAACUGAAGUAGUUGAGCGCCUGGGCCCCAGUACUAAUCCCCCAGAAGGAUUGGGGCCUCUUCCUAAUCCUACAACCAACAAACCACUUGUUGAAGAAUUUUCAAAUCCUGAAACUCAGAAUCUGGAUGCCAUGGAACAAGUUGGUCUGGAUUCCUUACAGUUUGACUAUCCUGGUAAUCAGGUACCAAUGGACUCCUCAGGAGCUACUGUAGGCCUUUUUGACUACAAUUCCCAGCAGCAGCUCUUUCAGAGGACUAAUGCACUAACAGUUCAGCAGUUAACUGCAGCUCAGCAGCAGCAGUAUGCAUUAGCCACAGCUCAGCAGCCACAUAUAGCUGGUGUAUUUUCAGCAGGCCUUGCUCCAGCUGCAUUUGUGCCAAAUCCAUAUAUUAUUAGUGCUGCUCCUCCAGGGACUGAUCCAUAUACUGCAGCAGGAUUGGCUGCAGCAGCUACAUUAGCAGGUCCGGCAGUGGUUCCACCUCAGUAUUAUGGUGUUCCGUGGGGGGUGUAUCCAGCCAAUUUAUUUCAGCAGCAAGCUGCAGCUGCGGCAAACAACACAGCAAAUCAACAAGCAGCAUCACAAGCUCAGCCUGGACAGCAACAGGUUCUCCGUGCUGGGGCAGGUCAGCGCCCUCUUACUCCCAAUCAGGGCCAGCAAGGGCAGCAAGCUGAAUCACUUGCAGCAGCAAAUCCAACUUUGGCUUUUGGUCAGGGUCUUGCUACCGGCAUGCCAGGCUAUCAAGUACUAGCUCCAACUGCCUAUUAUGAUCAGACUGGUGCCUUAGUGGUUGGCCCUGGAGCAAGAACUGGCCUUGGAGCUCCAGUUCGGUUAAUGGCUCCAACACCUGUUUUAAUUAGUUCAGCAGCAGCACAAGCUGCAGCGGCAGCAGCAGCUGGAGGAACUGCGAAUAGUCUCACAGGCAGCACAAAUGGUCUGUUCCGGCCAAUUGGCACUCAGCCACCACCGCAGCAGCAGCAGCAGCAGCCGCCAAGCACUAAUCUGCAGUCUAAUUCAUUUUAUGGGAGCACUUCUCUGACUAAUAGCUCCCAGAGCAGUUCUUUAUUUUCUCAUGGACCUGGCCAACCUGGAAGUACAUCUCUUGGCUUUGGAAGCAGUAGCUCUCUGGGUGCUGCUAUAGGGUCAGCCCUCAGUGGAUUUGGUUCAUCAGUUGGCAGUUCUGCAAGUAGUAGUGCCACAAGGAGAGAGUCUCUAUCUACUAGCUCUGACUUGUACAAAAGAUCUAGUAGCAGCCUAGCACCCAUAGGGCAACCAUUUUACAAUAGUCUGGGAUUUUCCUCCUCUCCAAGUCCAAUAGGCAUGCCUCUGCCAAGCCAAACUCCAGGACAUUCACUUACGCCACCGCCAUCACUUUCAUCACAUGGAUCCUCAUCCAGUUUGCAUUUAGGAGGACUGACAAAUGGUAGUGGUCGAUAUAUCUCUGCAGCACCUGGAGCAGAAGCAAAAUACCGAAGUGCUUCAGGCACUUCCAGUCUAUUUAGCUCCAGCAGCCAGCUCUUUCCUCCUUCUCGGCUUCGGUAUAAUAGGUCUGAUAUUAUGCCUUCUGGCCGAAGUAGAUUAUUAGAAGAUUUCAGAAACAACCGCUUCCCAAACCUUCAACUUAGAGACUUGAUUGGACACAUAGUUGAGUUUUCUCAAGACCAGCAUGGUUCUAGAUUCAUACAGCAAAAGCUAGAGAGAGCUACUCCAGCUGAGCGACAGAUGGUUUUUAAUGAAAUUCUACAAGCAGCCUAUCAAUUAAUGACAGAUGUUUUUGGCAACUAUGUCAUACAGAAAUUUUUUGAGUUUGGGAGUUUGGAUCAAAAAUUAGCCCUAGCUACUCGUAUUCGUGGUCAUGUUCUACCCUUAGCAUUGCAGAUGUAUGGCUGCCGUGUUAUUCAGAAGGCAUUAGAGUCUAUUUCGUCUGACCAGCAGGUAAUUAGUGAAAUGGUAAAGGAGCUCGAUGGUCAUGUACUCAAAUGUGUGAAAGAUCAAAAUGGAAACCACGUUGUACAAAAGUGUAUUGAAUGUGUUCAGCCACAGUCACUGCAGUUCAUCAUUGAUGCUUUCAAAGGACAAGUAUUUGUACUUUCAACUCAUCCUUAUGGCUGCAGAGUAAUCCAGCGCAUCCUGGAGCAUUGCACUGCAGAGCAGACCUUACCUAUCUUAGAAGAACUCCACCAACAUACGGAGCAGUUGGUACAGGAUCAGUAUGGCAAUUAUGUUAUUCAGCAUGUACUGGAACAUGGUCGACCUGAAGACAAGAGCAAAAUUGUUUCUGAAAUCCGAGGAAAGGUGUUAGCCUUGAGUCAACACAAAUUUGCCAGCAAUGUAGUAGAAAAGUGUGUUACUCAUGCCUCCCGUGCUGAGAGAGCUUUACUGAUUGACGAAGUUUGCUGCCAGAAUGAUGGUCCUCACAGUGCCUUAUACACCAUGAUGAAGGACCAGUAUGCCAAUUAUGUCGUUCAGAAGAUGAUUGAUAUGGCUGAACCUGCUCAGAGAAAGAUAAUCGUGCACAAGAUUCGGCCUCAUAUUACUACUUUGCGCAAAUAUACAUAUGGAAAGCAUAUACUGGCCAAGUUGGAAAAAUAUUAUUUGAAAAAUAGCCCAGAUCUAGGGCCUAUUGGAGGACCACCAAAUGGAAUGCUGUAAAGGAAAAAAAGAAGAUAAUGUAACCAUGUGAGAGGAACGUUACUUUUGUGAAUUAUCAAAACACAACUCAACUAUGAAUCUUCAAAUUUUUUUUAAACAAAACUAUUUAUUGACUUUAUUCAUCCAUUUGUAAAUUUUUUAAGGUUCUUGUGUAUAUUUGGGGGUGGGGGUGGUGAAUUAUAAAUUAUAUUCAGCCCUGAGUGGAGACCUAUCAGAUUGGAUUGCUGGCAAAGCACAGAAUGCCUGUAUAUGAUGUAACUGUAUCAAAAAAUGCUGUCACAUAUUUUGUAAAUUUUUACCUUGUAAAGUCACAAAAAUAGUUUUUAAAGGAAAAAGUACAGUAUUCUUUUAAUAAACUGGCUUACAGUCUGGUAGGUCUACGGACCCCAUAGCACAACAGGUUUAUAGAGAUGUAUAUAGAAAUAUAGUCCUUAUUUUUUUUUUGUCCUUUGUGUGAAGCCUUUUAUAACAGAUUAACAAUCAACUGCAUAAAUAUUAUUAAUAUUUUAAAAAGAAAGUUAAGUUGUAUUUUGGUAAUUCACAAACUAUCAUGCAAAUAAAAACUCAGUAAGAUAAGAAUUAAGUGAUUUGAAAGGGAAAGAACUUAUAGUAUUUACAAUGGAUAUGGUUUUAAUACAAAUACUGCCCUAAAAUGUCUCUGGCAAUGUACAGAAGUAUUGUAUAUACUUACAUAUGUAAUUGUUAUAAGAGGUAGAAAAAACAGAAUCAUGGUGACACUUCCAUCCAGUUAAGUAUACUAAACGAAAAGUUAAGUUCCAUUUUAACUUUUCAGUUUGGUUUGCGAUGAGAAAGAGUGGAGAUUUGUAUAUUAUUUUGCUUAUAGAAUUACAAGGACAUGUUGAGAAAGCGUUGAGCUUUAUUUUGCUUUUUCAUAGUAGAGUCAAAAAGUAGGAACCUGAUAGAGGUGAAAAGGGGCCACUGAAAAGUGAAUUUGAUAGUUCAACAUUUAAGCAUGAUUACAUAUUCAGAUAGCUUUUUUUUGCUUCCUAUAAAUAUAUGCAUUGUGUGUGUAGUAAUAGAUGUAAGUUUACACUUGGAAAGCAAAUCUUGUUUCAAUGUUUAUUAUAAAAGCCUUGCUAAUUUGGUAGUGAUGCUUUCUUUGGUUGUACAGGUGUAUAUUUGUAAACCUCAAUGCUGUAAAUGGAAUUUGUUUUAUCUCUUUGGGAAACAUUUGCAUUUUGGUGUACAUUUAUGUCCCUGCCCUCUGACCUGGCAUAUAGUGUUGUAUAAUGUAAAUUGAUUUCUCCAAAUUGAAAGUGAUUUUUUAAAAUUUUUUAUCUUUAUAUGGUUUCAGAAGUAUGAACCAGCUUUCUUUUUAUUAAUGUGAAAAACAUUUUGUUUUAUAACAUAAUUGUUGACUCUGUUAAUAUGGACAUGCUAGGAUUUGGAUCACUUUCAAGAAGUCAGGGUAUUGUGCAUAAUAGAAAGUAUUGGACUGAGAUAUUUGAUUACCAUGGAGGCCAAUGCUUUUUCCAUCUUAUUAAAUGUGAUGUGACUUUUUUUCUUUGUACAGAAGAGUACUGUAUUUUUGAAUAGCCUACUCCCAAGUAAUAGCAAAUCUGUAUGAUAACAUUUUUUCUCUGGACAUAAGACAUAACAGUAACAUGAUGUACAUUUACAAGCGGCCUUAUGUACAUUUCCCAACAAUCUUUUUAAGGCAAAAUUGUGACCAUAUGUGUAUAAUUAAAAUCGUUUUUAAUCCUUUGCCUAUGAAAAUAUUUUGGAAAAAAACUUGCUUUGUAUAUUCAGUUUCUGAAAGAUAAAGAAAGUGCUUUGUAUUUUGUUGAAGUCAGUAUUUUGUAUAAAACUUUUAUGUUGACCCACUUAUGUUUAGUGCUAAAAACUAAUGAACCAUGCUAUCUCUUUCAAUUGAAUAUGUAAGGGAUUUUUUUUAUUGGAAGUCUGCAGAAGAAUACCAGUCUUCUGAGCACAAUAGUGAACAUAAAGAUUUUUCACAUAGCUGUUCAUAUCAUGAACCUAAGAAUAAUGGCAUGAAGUUUGGGGUGCCAGGCAUAGUUUUUCAUGUUUUAUGUUGAGUUAUUCUAGUUUUCUAACCCAACAUUCCUUGUUGAGGCCAUUAAAUUUGUUGCUGUCCCUUCUCACAGUCACACUUGUUCAUCAGCAUGUCCCAGCCAUAGUGCAGAGCUUUUUUCCCUCCAUACAGGGCUGCUCCCUGCCGCCCUUCAUGCUUUGUUUUGCCAGCCUCAGAACGUCUUGGCCCUGUGUUGGACUUUUGUUCCCAGUAUCAGCUCAUGGUUUCAGGAUCAAAGUUGUCCUUGUUGGAGAUUGGUGGUGACUUUCCUGGAUUUGCACAGUUAAAUUCCUGGUUUUUCUUUAACUUCUGUUCACACAGACAAAUUAUUUCUGCAGAUUUAGAAAGUCCUAGAGAACAGCACAUUGGGAAACUGGACCAUUGUCUUGGAUUCCUGAUGUUCUUGUGUGUCCCAUUAUUAACAACCCAGUCUUCCCAGUAUUUUAGGGCUUAUCGUAGAAAAAUAUCUGUUACUCUAGAAAUUUUGAUCUGCCAUUUUUGGUGCCCACCUCUCUGAUUCCACCUUUUAAUAAAUUGGCAUGAGGUUUUGGUAUAAUCUGAAAAUGACAUUUUAGAAUAAACUUAAUUGGGCAGAACCACUUAGGCUUUACUCUUGGUUGUCUUUUGAUAUGAAUUGUUUCUGGACCAGUUUGUCCUAAGUCCUGGCUCUUAUUGGUUCAUAUGAAAUAAUGUUAUCUUCACUUCUUUGUAUAUUAUGUAUAAAUUAGAAAAUGAAAAAUGUGUGAAUAACAUUGUAUGAAAUAAAUCUGGUCUUGUGUUUUUCUCUACAUAAAAUACCCCACUGUACCUCAAUUACAAUUCCCAUUGACCAUUCAAGUUUACCCUGAUUUAAGAAAAAUGAAAAUAUCUUUAUCACAUGGAUGCUAGUCUGGGGCCAGUGAUUGCACUGAUGGUGUGAAUCCUAUCUUAUAAUAUUUAUAAUCUCUGUCUAACUACAUAGAGUCAUUACGCACUUCAUAUGAUGAAACUUUAACCCUGUUUCUUUAUUGAUAAAAUGACACUUCAAAGUUGUUUUUGAGGAUUAAAUUAAAUCACAUAUCUUUA